GUUAAGGAUCUAUAGAUAGCAAAUGGGGCUAGGAUCUAGUGUUGCUGUGGCUGUGGAUAGGCCGGCAGCUGCAGCUCGGAAUGGAUGCCCUAGCCCGGGAACUUCCGUAUGACGCGGCUGUGGCCCUAAAAAAAAAAAAACCCACACAGAGAUAAAGUCCUAAAAACGAUGUGAGGGAAAAAUCCGCUCACGAGGACCCUAGUCCCAGUGCCUCCACCCCCACCCAGUCCUGUGGGGUGGCGCUUAGAGGGCUGCGAGUUCCAAAGCGGGGGAUAACUGUCUGGGUGCCCAGUGUGUGAGAAGGCAGGGGCGCGGCCCUGCUGGCACCGCCCCUCGCUCCUAAAGUCUGCAGGACCUCGCGCGGCCCAUCUGCAUCGAGGAGGACCCUGCGCUGCAGCCACCAUGGCUCUGCUCCGAGGUGUGUUCAUCGUCGCUGCUAAGCGGACACCCUUUGGAGCUUUUGGAGGUCUUCUGAAAGACUUCACAGCUACUGAUUUGACUGAAUUUGCUGCCAGGGCUGCCUUAUCUGCUGGCAACGUCUCUCCUGAAACUAUUGACAGUGUCAUUGUAGGCAAUGUCAUGCAGAGUUCUUCAGAUGCUAUAUACUUGGCAAGACAUGUUGGUUUGCGUGUGGGAAUCCCAAAGGAGACCCCGGCUCUCACGGUUAAUAGGCUCUGUGGCUCUGGUUUCCAGUCCAUUGUGAAUGGAUGUCAGGAAAUUUGUGCUAAAGAUGCUAAAGUCGUCUUGUGUGGAGGAACUGAAAGCAUGAGCCAGGCUCCUUACUGUGUCAGAAAUAUUCGUUUUGGAACCAAGCUUGGAUUGGAUCUCAAGCUAGAAGAUAGUUUGUGGACAGGAUUAACAGAUCAGCAUAUCCAAAUCCCAAUGGCAAUUACUGCAGAGAAUCUUGCUGCAAAAUAUAAGAUAAGCAGAGAAGAAUGUGACAAGUACGCCCUACAGUCACAACAGAGGUGGAAAGCUGCUAAUGAUGCUGGCUACUUUAAUAAUGAAAUGGCACCAAUCGAAGUGAAGACAAAGAAAGGAAAACAGACCAUGCAAGUAGAUGAACAUGCUCGGCCCCAGACCACCCUGGAGCAGUUGAGUAAACUCCCUCCAGUGUUCAAGAAAGAAGGGACCGUUACUGCAGGGAACGCGUCGGGAGUUAGCGAUGGUGCUGGAGCUGUUAUCAUAGCUAGUGAAGAUGCUGUUAAAAAACAUAACUUCACACCACUGGCAAGAAUCGUGGGCUAUUUUGCGUCUGGAUGUGAUCCCUCUAUCAUGGGUAUUGGUCCUGUCCCUGCUAUCACUGGGGCACUGAAGAAAGCAGGACUAAGUCUUAAGGACAUGGAUUUGGUAGAAGUGAAUGAAGCUUUUGCUCCCCAGUACUUGGCAGUUGAAAAGAGUUUGGAUCUUGACCCAAGUAAAACCAACGUGAACGGGGGAGCCAUUGCAUUGGGUCACCCAUUGGGAGGAUCUGGAUCAAGAAUUACCUCACACCUGGUUCAUGAAUUAAGGCGCCGGGGUAAAAAAUAUGCUGUGGGAUCAGCCUGCAUUGGAGGGGGCCAAGGAAUUGCCAUCAUCAUUGAGAACACAGCCUGAGGAGAGCAGGGAAUCUGUCCUGGCCCCCUCUCAGCUGACUUGGCCAGGCCACAGUAAGCCAAGGUGACCUUCAGAGCAGCUGCGAAACCAACCAUGCCCUGCACUGAGAGUGAUUGCGUUUGAUCAAGAGAUGAUGAGGCAAAGAUGCAUUUAUCGUAAACCAGAGCCCACGCCAGAAUAAAUUCUCAGAUUUGUACCAAGUAGGAUGCAUUGCUGAACUAAAAUCCACUGUAGAAGGCCUUAAAAGGAAUUGUAUCCUUGCCAAAUAACCACUGCUUAAAUGAUAAUAUUGUAAGGAAAUGGAAUAGAUACUGCCUUAAUCUCA